AUGGAAAAUGAAAGUUCAGAAGAAAAAUAUUCCAAAUUUUCUCCAGUUAUUGAUGUUGAUAAAGAUGUUGAUGACUCUGAAAUGAAAGAUGCUGAAGAAAUAGUUGAUUUACAGGAUGAAAACGAUGUGCAAUCAAAAGUUAUUUUAAUGGAUGAUAUUUUAAAUAACGAAAGUACGGAAAAUGGUGAAGAAUCCCGUAAUAAUCAAAAUGGUGGCCAUAUGGAGACUGACAAUGAUAUAGUGAAUUAUAUAAAUGAUAAAAUAGAUGAGGCUUUAUCUAAUAAUGGGGAACCAAAACCUGUGGACGAUUUCUCGGCUGAAAUUUCGGAAAAUAUGGAAAAUAAACAAACUGAAAACAACAAUGAAUCGAGCGAUAUAGCUGAUAAUAUCGCGGAAGAAAAUAAGCCAAACACUUCUGGAUAUACAGAAGGCAAUACCCAAAACGGAAAUACUAAUAAAAGUAAAGUUAACAGGGUUUGA